UCCUGGCCCCAGACCAUGCCCUAGGUAGGGGGCAGGCCACUCAGCCUGCCAGAGAGGUCACAGAGGGGGAUGAGGGAGAAAGGCCGGUCCUCCCUUCCGUUCAACUCACCAUCCACUCGCUGGGUGAGUGUGGCCAAGCCAGUGGCCUCCUGGGUGCCGGUUUCUUUUUCUGGUCUUGGCAAUGCCUACCAGAGGGAAAAGAUGCUCUACCCAGUCUGUACCUUCUCUAGUUACUCCUUGAGGGAACCAGGGGCAGUUGGCCAAGGUAGGUCCCUCUUCCCUCUAAGGCACCAGGCCCGGGUUCUGGUGCCUCUGACACCUCAGUUCUGCAAGGUCCCGGAUGGCCUGAGCCAGCUGACUCCAGACACAACUCACUCCAUCCCAGUGAGGCCUGCACAGAUGCACUGGCCUGAACCACAAGGGAUGGACUCGCUGCAGAAGCAGGAACUCCGGAAGCCAAAGAUUCAUGGGGCAGUCCAGGUGUCCCCGUACCAGCCACCCACGCUGGCCUCACUACAGCGAUUGCUGUGGGUCCGUCGGACCUCCACGCUGACCCACAUCAAUGAAGUCUGGCCCAACCUUUUCUUGGGAGAUGCGUAUGCUGCCAGAGACAAGAGCCGUCUAAUCCAGCUGGGCAUUACCCAUGUCGUAAAUGUUGCUGCGGGCAAGUUUCAGGUGGACACAGGCGCCAAGUUUUACCGUGGAACACCCGUGGAGUACUAUGGCAUUGAGGCCGAUGAUAACCCCUUCUUUGACCUCAGUGUCUACUUUCUGCCUGUUGCUCGUUACAUCAGAGAUGCCCUCAAUACUCCCCGAAGCCGAGUGCUGGUCCACUGCGCCAUGGGGGUAAGCCGCUCUGCUACAAUUGUCCUGGCCUUCCUCAUGAUCUUCGAGAAUAUGACACUGGUAGACGCCAUCCAGACGGUGCAGGCCCACCGAGAUAUCUGUCCCAACUCAGGCUUCCUCCGACAGCUCCAGGUUCUGGACAAUAGGCUGAGGCGGGAAACAGGGAGACUCUGAAUUAGGGAGCACUUGAAGCCCUGACUCCUCCAUCCAGCGUGGCCUAACCUGACUUACCUGGCCCUGGGAAUGGCAGCCUUGGCUGUUUCCAGAGUCCCUGAGAUGGCACCAGCAAGUCAGGGCUCCGCUGAAGCAGAGGCAGGGUGGGCUGGGUGGCAGCCCUCAACAAGUGGAGUCCCCUGACACAGCAGAGAAAUUCUUUAUGCAGAAGAAAUUUCAGACUGUCUCUAUAAUAAAAGGUUCAUCAUAAUAA